AUGAAUUCAACAAGAAAUGAUAAUUUAGAGUCAAAGUAUUUUGAUGACAAUUAAUUUAAAGAGAAUUAGCCUAUGAAUUAGAUGAAGACAACAAGCAGAGGCUAUAAAACUAAUAUUUUAUAAUCACUGGCUCUAUAAGGAAAUCAAAAAAAAAAAUUCAAUAGUCAAAAAAGGGAUAUUUAUGUACAAAAGUUUAUGAAGAAUGUACAAUCUGGAAAUUAGAGGAUCAAAUAAUUAAAUAAGUUAUAAUUACAAAUGAUUAAUGAUAAGGCCAGUUCACAGAAGACUAUAAUCUAAAAAAAAUCAACAUUACCAAAAAUAAAUGGAAGACAAUAAUUAUUUUUGUAGAAUCUUAAAAAUUCAUUUAAUAAAAAUUUGGAUAGAGUUCCAAUCUUGUACCCUUCUGCAAAAUUCAAAAUAUUAUGGGAUACCAUUUCAGUAUUUACUCGACUCUACUUCACAUUUGUAAUACCUUUGGAUUUAGGAUGGCAAUAAAAAUCCUUUAUUUUUUAUGAUUUUAAAGCAGUAUCUGUUAUUUCUCUUCUCUUUAUUAUAUUUGAUUUGAUUUUAAGCCUUAAUACAGCUUAUUAUAAGGAUGGGUAAUUAGUAACCAAUAGAAUGAGGAUAAUAAGACAUAGUCUUUUUAAUUCAUAUGGAUUAUAAUGGUUUACAGUUUUUCUCCUGAUAGUUUUUUUCUUUAUUUCAAUAUCAGAGGAAGCACUUUAUGGAACAAAAUCUACAUUUAGUUUUUUGAUACUGAUAUUAUUUUUAGUGCAUUUCAAACCUAUCAUAACAAUAGUUAAUUACUAUGAAGAAAACUUAAAUUUCAACAAAUAAAUCUAAUCAAUCUUGGAUUUAGUAAAAUUAUUAUUUGUUCUUUUUUAUUCAAUUCAUUUUUUUUCUUGCAUUUGGAUGUUAGUUGGAAGUUAUAGUAUUACAACAUAUAAUAAAAGUUGGGUAUUAUAGAGUGCAGUGGAAGAUGCAGAAUGGUAAAUUCAAUAUUUGUAAUCAUUUUACUAUUCAGCUGUGACAAUGUUUACAAUUGGAUAUGGUGAUGUUACACCAUAAUCUUCAGCUGAGAAAGUAUUGGCCGUUACUUAUAUAAUAGCAGCCAGUAUUUAAUUACCAUAUAGUGUUAACACUUUAGGAACAAUCAUUUAAUAAAUAUCAGUUUACACAGUAGAAAAGAAAAGAAAAUUGAGAAUAAUUAAUUCUUAUUUAAAUCAAUAAAAGAUAUCGUAGGAUUUAUAGAUUUAAAUUAGAGAAUAUUUAACAUUCAGAUGGGAAAAUCAAUAAGGAAAUAAAAAUGAAGAAGUAGAAUAGUUAAUUGCAUAACUCUCUACUAAUUUAAAAGAUUCUUUAGUAACAGAAUCAUAUUAAUAAAUAUUAAAGAAAUGUUCAUUGUUCAAUAUAGGAUUUUCUUAAGAAUUUAAAUCAACUUUAGUUAAAUAUGCUAAGGAGAUAGCAUUAUAACCUGAAUAAGAAUUAAAUUCAGAUGAAUAAUCUUAAAACAACUUAUAUUAUAUCAUAUCUGGAGAAAUGUAAAUUUUGCAUUAAAAUGGAUUAAAUUUAGGAACUCUUAUAGCAGGAUAAUAAAUUGGAUUAAAAAGUUUUAUUACUUCUACAUAAAAACCUGAAAAAUAUCGAAGUGUAAGCUUUUCUAAAUUGAUUUGUUUAGAAUAAAAGUUUUUCUUAAAAUUAUUGUAAGAAUAUCCUGAUGAUUAUGAAAAAUAUUGUUAGAUUAAAGAUUCUUUACUAUUUUCUGAUGAAAAUCAUAAUUUAUUGCCAUAAACAUGUUUUUCAUGUAGUAAGAAAUUUCAUUCUAUGAUUAAUUGUCCUUUAAUACACUAUGUAGCAGAUAAAGAAAAAAUCCUAAAAUCUUUUACUUAUCCAAGAAAUCAAAGCAGAGUUAAAUUUAAUCGUAGAAUAAGAAUAUUGAAUUUUUUUAAUAGAGAAUAAGUUAUAGAGGGAUUAAAAAAUGCUUCUUAAUAGUUAUUGAAAGAUAAUCCUGAAAUAAUAAAACUAUAUUCUACAGAAUAUAUGAUAUCUGAAUUUGAUGAAAUAAAAUAAUAAUCUUUAAAUGAUUUAUAAAUAUUGGAAUAAAGUUCUCAUGGCUCUAAUGAAUAAGAUUUGGCGAUUUCAGAGAAGCCGUAAAUUUAAAAAGUCAAUAAAUUCAAAAAGGCAGUUCACAAAAUUAUUUCAAUUAAUAAUGAAUAUUAACAAUACAUUUAAUUUAAUUAGCACAAUUCAAGGAAGAGUAAGUAGCUUUUAUAAAAUACAUUAGGUUUGAGAUUGAGAGUAUUGGAAGAUUUAAAGAGUAAUAUUUUUAAAAAAGAAUUAGAUUUAAUUUAAUAAUUGUUGCAAUUAAAAAAUAUUGAUUAUUUUUUUGAUAGUCUCUAAUUUGAAAUAGCAAUAAAUUUUAAGAAUUACUUUCCAAAAAAUAAUUAUAAAAAUUUAUUUAAAGAAAAAGAUCACAAGAGAAACAUAAAAUUAUUAAAAAGAUUGUUAUUAUACUUUUUGUAACCUUGUAAUGUAAUUGAUUAAUUUAAAUUAAUAACUGAUGACAUAAGUUCAAAGCUUUGUUAAAAGAGAAAGAAUUUAUAUUUUUCUGUGGAUUUGGUGCUGCAUUGA